CUUCUCCUACCCCCUCUCUCUCUCUCACAAACACAAACACAAACGCACAGACAGACACAGACACUCUCACACACUACCACUACUUCCACUCUUUCAUUACCUCUAUUCCUCUAUCAAAACCAACAGGCUCCACCACAAAUACAUUAUUGUGCUAUGGCAACAUCAGAAGGAGGAGGAGGGGCAAGUAACUGCGUUCAUAACGGUUCAAUAAUUGAGUCUCAGAGGCCUGGUAACGGCGCUUUAGCUGUUAAAAAGCCGCCGGCGAAGGACCGACACAGUAAGGUCGAUGGACGCGGUCGGCGUAUUCGGAUGCCUAUAAUUUGUGCUGCCCGAGUGUUUCAGUUGACCCGCGAGCUCGGCCAUAAGUCAGAUGGCCAGACCAUCGAGUGGCUCCUCCGCCAGGCAGAGCCGUCGAUAAUCGCCGCCACUGGCAGCGGCACGACUCCCGCUAGCUUCUCCACCGUCUCAGUUUCGGUUCGGAACUCUUCCACCAUCUCUUCGAUUUCAGCUGCUCUUGAUCAGAAGCCCUCUCAACAGCCUUUGGUAACUCCGUCACCCUUUCUUCUCGGCAAACGUCUCCGCUCCGAUGACGACAACAUGGACGGCGGAGGCGGAGCCAAAGACGACGUCACUACGGCAGCUACUGUUGUGGGCCCUGCCGGUGGAUUCUGGGCGCUUCCAGCCCGACCGGAUUUCGGUCAGGUUUGGAGCUUCGCGACGGCGCCACCUGAAAUGGUGGUGCCGACACCGGCAGCGAUGUCUUCGCAGCCUUCGAUUACGGGUAGAUUCUUUCAGCAGCAGCAAAUUGGGGAGGCGUCGGCGGCGAGGCUUGGGAAUUACCUUCCCAUUGCUCAAGGGCAUCUGAAUUUGCUCGCUUCUUUGUCUGGUCCUCCACCGCCAUCUUCAGGGCGGACAGGAGAUGAUCCUCGUUGAAUUCUGGGGGUUGUUAAUACCUCAUAUUAUCGUUGAAUUCUCGUGGUUGUUUAUACUUAUGUAUGUUGUUGUUUUGGUUUCUCGAAUGUGUGUGGAGAUGAGGAUUUGUUGUCAUUUUGCGUUAGGGUUUUAGUUUUUUAGCUUAGUGAAAUUAUGGUUUGACCAAUUCUAAGAAAUUAUUGUUGGGAAUUAGGGGUUUUUAGUUUGUUCUCUCACUAGGGUUUUUGUGUUCAAUUUUUUAGAAUUUUGGGUCUUGUUGGAGGAGACAGAGAGCGAAGAAUUGGGG